AAUUAGAGAACCACAAUAGUUUCCGAUAUUUCGUGCACUGUAAUUAUCAGAAGGCUUUUGGAUUUAUUUUCCCUCCUAUAAUCCUCUUCAUAGGAGCACGAAACCAUUUGCGUCUUCCGGGUUCUAAUUGCUAAACCCAGAUUCUCUGCCUCUCUCUCUGUUAUCCAUGGAGAGAGCCGCUCUUCUUCGUUCUUUAUCUUCAUCUAGAUACUUCUCUCGCUCCUCUCCUUCCCUCCUUCUCUUUUCUCGCUCGUCAUGUGCGUCUUCUUCAGCUCCGUUUCACUAUCGUCGCUCGAUUUCCUACCCCACCCGACGUCCUCUGCUCCGCCGCCACUUCAGAUUAGUCCCUGCAGCUCUACCAUCUUCAUCACUUAAUCUCCGGAAGCAUUUCUCUUCUGUAUCUCCUCGUGCUGUUGCCUCGCCUCCGUUCCCAUCCACUCCAGAAUUCGCUGAAGUAAAGGAUGAAGUCGCGGAGAAGUUGGGUUUUGAGAAGGUUUCAGAAGAGUUCAUUCCAGAAUGCAAGUCAAAAGCAGUGCUUUUCAGGCAUAAGAAGACUGGCGCCGAGGUCAUGUCUGUUUCUAAUGACGAUGAGAAUAAGGUGUUCGGCAUUGUUUUCCGCACACCUCCGAAAGAUUCCACUGGCAUACCUCACAUAUUGGAGCAUAGCGUACUAUGUGGAUCAAGAAAAUAUCCUUUAAAGGAACCAUUUGUUGAACUAUUGAAAGGAAGCUUGAACACUUUCCUGAAUGCAUUCACAUAUCCUGAUCGGACAUGUUACCCAGUUGCUUCCACAAAUACCAAGGAUUUUUAUAAUUUGGUCGAUGUAUACCUGGAUGCGGUUUUCUUUCCCAGAUGUGUGGAGGACUUCCAGACGUUUCAACAGGAGGGUUGGCACUUUGAGCUCGAUGAUCCUUCAGAAGACAUCAGUUACAAAGGUGUUGUUUUUAAUGAGAUGAAGGGUGUCUAUUCUCAACCUGAUAAUAUACUCGGGCGGACUGCUCAGCAGGCUCUUUUCCCUGACAAUACCUACGGUGUUGAUAGUGGAGGUGAUCCCGAAGUGAUUCCCAAAUUGACUUUUGAGGAAUUCAAGGAAUUUCACCGCCAAUAUUACCAUCCUAGCAAUGCCCGAAUAUGGUUCUAUGGAGAUGAUGAUCCACAUGAGCGCCUCCGUAUUCUGAAUGAGUAUUUAGAUAUGUUUAGUGCAAGUUCUGCUCCAAAUGAAUCGAAAAUCAAACCACAAAAGCUCUUCUCAGAGCCAGUCCGGAUUGUUCAGAAAUAUCCUGCUGGUGAAGGUGAUUUAAAGAAGAAGCAUAUGGUCUGCCUUAACUGGUUGCUAUCUGAUAAGCCCUUAGACUUGGAAACUGAGCUUACCCUCGGAUUUCUGGAUCAUCUUAUGUUGGGUACUCCUGCUUCACCCCUGAGGAAAAUUUUGCUAGAAAGUGGACUUGGGGAUGCCAUUGUUGGAGGGGGAGUUGAAGAUGAGCUACUUCAGCCUCAAUUUAGCAUCGGACUGAAGGGUGUUUCUGAAAGUGACAUACACAAAGUAGAAGAAUUGGUAAUGAAUACGCUUAGAAAGUUAGCAGAGGAGGGUUUUGAUACAGAUGCUGUGGAGGCUUCCAUGAACACUAUUGAAUUUUCUCUCAGGGAGAACAACACUGGGUCAUUCCCUCGUGGUCUAUCCCUCAUGCUUCGAUCUAUUGGUAAAUGGAUUUAUGAUUUGAAUCCCUUUGAGCCACUAAAGUAUGAGAAACCACUACAAGAUCUAAAAUCUAGAAUAGAAAAGGAGGGCACUAAAGCUGUUUUCUCUCCUCUAAUAGAGAGGUUUAUUUUGAACAACCGUCAUCAAGUUACUGUGGAGAUGCAGCCUGAUCCUGAGAAGGCAGCCCGUGAUGAGGCAGCUGAGAAAGAGAUCUUGAGUAAAGUUAAAGCUAGUAUGACCGAUGAGGAUCUUGCUGAGUUGGCACGUGCUACUCAAGAGCUUCGUCUUAAGCAGGAAACUCCUGAUCCACCAGAAGCUUUGAAAGCUGUCCCAAGUCUAUCUCUGCUAGAUAUUCCUAAAGAACCUAUUCGGAUCCCCACUGAGGUUGGCAAUAUCAAUGGAGUUGAAAUGCUGCAGCAUGAUCUCUUCACCAAUGAUGUUCUGUACACAGAAAUAGUCUUCAAUAUGAGUUCAUUAAAGCAAGAGCUUCUUCCUUUGGUCCCGCUAUUUUGUCAAUCAUUGCUGGAGAUGGGCACAAAGGAUUUAACUUUUGUCCAACUGAACCAAUUAAUUGGGAGGAAAACGGGAGGAAUAUCAGUUUACCCUUUAACAUCAUCAGUGCGGGGCAAGGAAGAUCCAUGUUGUAAAAUAAUUGUUCGAGGCAAAGCAAUGGCCGGACGUGCUGAAGACCUUUAUGAUUUGGUUAAUCGUGUUAUUCAAGAUGUCCAGUUUACAGAUCAACAGCGUUUCAAACAAUUUGUUUGUCAGAGCAAAGCAAGGAUGGAGAAUCGGUUAAGAGGAGGGGGUCAUGGAAUAGCUGCUUCAAGGAUGGAUGCAAAACUAAAUGCUGCUGGCUGGAUGUCUGAAAAUAUGGGUGGUCUCAGCUAUCUUGAAUUCCUCCAAACACUUGAAGAGAAGGUCGAUCACGAUUGGGCCAAUAUUUCAUCAUUUCUUGAGGAGAUUCGCAAGUCUAUAUUUUCCAGGCAAGGUUGCUUGAUAAAUAUGACUGCUGAUGGAAAAAAUCUUGCUAAUACAGAGAAAUACGUGAGCAAAUUUGUUGAUUUGCUUCCCACUAGCUCUCCUACUGAAACAACCAAUUGGCAUGCUCGGCUCCCUUUGGGAAAUGAAGCUAUUGUGAUACCUACUCAGGUUAAUUAUGUUGGAAAAGCAGCCAACAUUUAUGAUUCUGGUUAUGAGCUUCAUGGCAGUGCCUAUGUCAUUUCAAAACACAUUAGCAAUACAUGGUUGUGGGAUCGUGUAAGAGUUAGUGGUGGAGCUUAUGGAGGAUUUUGUGAUUUUGAUACUCAUUCAGGGGUGUUCUCCUUCUUAUCUUAUCGUGAUCCCAACUUGCUGAAGACACUUGAUGUGUAUGAUGGAACUGGUGACUUUUUACGGGAAUUAGAAAUGGAUAAUGAUUCUUUAACAAAAGCCAUAAUAGGGACCAUUGGGGAUGUUGAUGCAUACCAACUUCCUGAUGCCAAAGGCUAUAGUAGUAUGCUGCGGUACUUACUCGGCAUCACAGAAGAGGAAAGGCAACGGAGACGUGAAGAGAUAUUAUCUACGAGUUUGAAGGACUUCAAAGAAUUUGUGGGUGCAAUGGAAGCAGUUAAAGAUAAAGGCGUUGUAGUUGCAGUGGCAUCUCCGGAGGAUGUAGAUGCUGCUAAUAAGGAGAAUUCCAACAAUUUUCAAGUAAAGAGAGCCCUUUGAACACCUUGGGAUUAUACAGAAUCAUGUUUGAUUUAUAGCAAACUAAUGAGUUAUUUUUUUCAUGGUAAGUCCUAUAUUUAGCACUUGAAUCAUUGUUAAUAAAAAUCCCUUUUCUUCCUCUUU